AUGGGUCACUCACACGGUCUGAGAUCCGGCACCCGGUAUGCCUUCUCCCGCGACUACAAGAAGAAGGGUGUUAUCCCUCUCUCCACUUUUUUGAGAGUUUACCGGGUUGGCGACAUCGUGGAUAUCAAAGUCAAUGGCGCAGUUCAACAGGGUAUGCCAUUCAAGAUCUACCACGGCAAAACUGGGGUUGUGUACAACGUGACCAAGUCUGCCGUCGGCGUCAUCAUCUACAAGCGAGUCGGAAACAGAUAUAUCGAGAAGCGCGUCAACGUCCGUAUCGAGCACGUCUCCCACUCCAGAUCCAGAGAAGAGUUCCUCCGCCGGGUCAAGGAGAAUGCCGUCAAGAAGCGGAAGGCUAAGGAGGAGGGUAUCCAUGUUCAUCUGAAGAGACAGCCAGUCGGACCCCGGGAAGCGAGAACUGUUAGCACGGAAGGGAACCUCCCAGAGACGAUCACACCUGUGCCAUACGAGACGACUAUUUAA